CGCUUUUACAGUCACACAUUGCCUUACCAAUUUUCCCACUUUCUGUUUCUUAAUUAUUUUGGUUCUCUUUGCUUUUAAAAUCUCAAUUUGACUAACCGGUUAGGUGUACCAAUCAUUAGACCGAAUGCUUACAUGAGUAAAUGAGUUCACAGGAAACUUGAGUUGUGUUGUUUUCUAUCAGUUAAUCAACGCAACGCCGAGAAGCUUUUUCAGGGGUUUGGUGCGUUGAAUUUGUGGAUCAAGAAACAAUGCAAAUUCAAUGCAAAACCCUAACUUUUACAGUUUCUUCGAUUCCUUGUAACCCAAAGCUACCAUUCCCAUCUUCCCUCACUUUACGGUCAUGGAAUCCUUCAUUCCCGAGUUUCAGGAGCUCCGCUGUUUCCGGACCAAAGUCAUCACUGAAGCUGAACAGGUUUUUAAGAAACUGUGCAAGUACGAAUCAGGAGCUUGUUGUUGAUGGAGAAACCGGAAAUGGGUCGAUUUCGGAGCUCCAAGGAGAUGCAGCAAAUGGUUCGAUUUCGCCGGUGGAAGUGGAAGCAGAAGUAGAAGAAGUGAAGGUAGAUGAUUUGGCGACUCAGAGCAUUUGGGGACAGAUGAAAGAGAUCGUCAUGUUUACCGGACCUGCCGCGGGAUUGUGGCUAUGUGGGCCGUUGAUGAGUCUCAUUGAUACGGCGGUGAUUGGUCAAGGAAGCUCACUCGAACUCGCUGCUUUAGGUCCUGCUACCGUCAUCUGUGAUUAUUUGUGUUAUACGUUCAUGUUCCUCUCAGUUGCGACUUCAAAUCUUGUUGCUACCUCUCUUGCUCGGCAGGAUAAAGAUGAAGUACAACAUCAGAUAUCGAUCUUGCUUUUCAUUGGGUUGGCUUGUGGAGUCACGAUGAUGGUGUUGACAAGACUGUUUGGUUCCUGGGCACUAACUGCUUUUACAGGGGUAAAGAAUGCCGACAUUGUUCCAGCAGCUAAUAAAUAUGUUCAGAUUCGUGGUUUAGCAUGGCCAGCUGUUCUCAUUGGAUGGGUUGCUCAAAGUGCAAGUCUUGGUAUGAAAGACUCAUGGGGACCUCUUAAGGCUUUGGCGGUUGCUAGUGCAAUAAACGGUGUUGGUGAUGUGGUCUUAUGCACCUUUCUAGGAUAUGGUAUAGCAGGUGCAGCUUGGGCAACUAUGGUGUCACAAGUUGUUGCUGCUUAUAUGAUGAUGGACGCAUUGAACAAGAAAGGAUACAGCGCAUUCUCAUUCUGUGUUCCUUCUCCAAGUGAACUUUUGACGAUUUUUGGACUCGCUGCCCCUGUCUUUAUAACUAUGAUGUCAAAGGUUUUGUUCUAUACGCUCCUUGUGUACUUUGCUACAUCAAUGGGUACAAAUAUCAUAGCUGCUCAUCAGGUUAUGCUUCAGAUAUAUACCAUGAGUACGGUUUGGGGGGAGCCUCUCUCUCAAACUGCACAGUCCUUUAUGCCUGAGCUUUUAUUCGGAAUCAAUCGUAAUUUGCCUAAAGCUAGGGUGCUUCUGAAGUCACUAGUUAUCAUCGGAGCUACGCUAGGAAUAGUAGUCGGAACCAUUGGCACAGCAGUUCCAUGGCUGUUCCCUGGCAUCUUCACACGUGACAAGGUUGUCACAUCCGAGAUGCACAAGGUCAUAAUACCGUAUUUUCUUGCUUUAUCCAUCACUCCAAGUACUCACAGUCUUGAAGGCACCUUACUGGCUGGAAGAGAUCUUAGAUAUAUCAGCUUGUCAAUGACUGGAUGCUUAGCGGUCGCUGGGCUUCUACUUAUGCUUCUGAGCAAUGGAGGAUUUGGUUUGAGAGGCUGCUGGUAUGCUCUCGUGGGAUUCCAAUGGGCUCGGUUUUCUCUAUCUCUUUUCCGCCUUCUAUCGCGGGAUGGUGUACUGUACUCCGAAGAUACAAGCCGAUACGCUGAGAAAGUGAAAGCUGCGUAGCUCAGUAAGUCACCGUAUACCUCACAAGAAAAAGUAUAAUGAACAGAGAACAGCUUCAUUCAGUUGUAGAUCAAUGGGUUACUCUGUUUCAAGAUUGUAUUCUUUAAGAACAUGAAAAUGUAUUCGACUGAAUAGAAAAGUCUUGGCAUUAAUAGGCCCUGCUUCAACUCCUGUGAUUCCCCUGUAUAUAAAAGAUGAUACAAACAAACUGUUGCUACUCUUCAUUCCGUUUUUUGUCCUCGUCGGCUUUCAAUUUGGUGGGACUAGGACGAUAAAGUAUCACGGUCCGCGCAAUUUGCCCGACUGAUACUGAACCAGUGGCUUCCUCCAAACGUAGAAUCAUGUCCUCUAGCUCUCCAGGGCAUGUUCUGUGUAUUUUCACCUAUUGAUUGAAUCGAUCAAGAUUAAGUCAAGUCUCAGGAUUGGACUUCAAAUACAUUUCAUUGAUCAGACAGCAACUAUUCCAAUGUAACCACCAUUCCACUACCUAAACCCAAAUCUUGGAGAGAUUGUAACAAUAAAGUUUAUACCUUUAAGAGCUCGUUCUUCUC